UCAGUGACUAAGAACUCAGAGUAUUUAAGAGAUUGAGGAAUGGGCUGAGAACUGCUUCUGCUUUCUCUCCAGACAGGCACACUCUCCUCUGACUCAGGCCCUCGCUGAGCUGCAGAGGGAAGGGGGAAAGCCCCAGACUCUCUGCCACCAUGUGCUACGGCAGAUGUGCACGAUGCAUUGGACAUUCCCUGGUGUGGCUGGCCAUCCUCUGCAUUGUGGCUAAUAUCGUGCUUUACUUUCCCAAUGGGGAAACAAAAUAUGCCUCUGAAAACCAUCUCAGCCGCUUCGUGUGGUUCUUUUCUGGCAUCGUGGGAGGGGGCUUGCUGAUGUUCCUGCCGGCAUUUGUGUUCAUCGGGCUGGAAGAGGACGACUGCUGCGGCGGCUGUGGCCACGAAAACUGCGGCAAGAGAUGCGCGAUGUUUUCUUCUGUCCUGGCUGCUCUGAUCGGAGUCGCGGGAUCUGGCUACUGUGUCAUCGUGGCAGCCCUGGGCUUGGCGGAAGGACCACAAUGUCUUAAUUCUUCGGGCCAGUGGAACUACACCUUUGCCAACACCGAUGGACAGUACCUUCUGGAUACCUCCACAUGGUCCCAGUGCAUUGAACCCAGACAUGUUGUUGAAUGGAAUGUCUCUCUGUUUUCUAUCCUUUUGGCCCUCGGUGGAAUUGAAUUCAUCUUGUGUCUCAUUCAAGUAAUAAACGGAGUGAUGGGAGGAAUAUGUGGUUAUUGCUGCUCUCGCCAACAGGUAAGAAACUGUGUGAAAAUCGAUAUGACUGCUAAAAGAACCACCUCAAGACAGAACCACAACCUUCCUCUAUUUCAUUGUAAUUUAUAUAUUCUACUUGUAUUAAUUUGUAAAACUUUGUACCACUGUAUCAUACUUUACAUAUUCUACUUUUAUAAAUGUGUAUAAAGACUGGCAUCUUCAUGUGAUGUCAAGCGUAGCAAACAAAACUUUUUUUUAGGACUGUGAAAACAAAUGAGGUCAUUUAUUGACUGAAUGACGGUCGGUCCUCAGCAUAGCUGAGAUGAACUCUGGCCUGAGUAAUGUUUUUGAAAAGCAUUAUAAGGAUAAAUAUAAUUUUCCCAUUUCUAUUGUAUGUGCAUUGGUUUAUUAAAUGGAAGAUGUCUAGUUACUGGUUUUUUUUUUUAAGACCAUGAAGGAGAAAAUCCAACAACUUGAAAAGAUGUGGGUUUUUUUUUUCACUGUUUAUAUGGUGUUUCCCAUUCAUAUGCCUGCCAAUCUCUGACAAGAGGCCUUUAUGAACUGUUCUGAGUUUUGCGAGAUACAGAUAUUUGCCCAAAGCAGGACAGCUGGUUGAGAAUGCCCGGGCUAAAGGAAAGAGUCAACACCAGCAAUGUUGUCAGGAGUCCUGCCAGAUCUUACCUUUCUCUAACACGUGGAAAACUUUUUGUCCUUCAAAGACAAGUGCCAAGGAUCAUGUCUUGAAAAAGAAAAAAGGCCUGGAUACUUGGACAAGAAAAAAUGGGAAACGGAAUAAAACAGUUAAUCAACAUCAUGGGAAAAUGGGGGAGGAGGAGGAAGGGCAGGAGGACCGUGAGGAAAUAACCCCAAAACUUGAUGAUUGAAAUCCAACAAAAUAAAGUAUCCACUACCAUGUUUAA